AUGAGGAGGAUCAGGGCCAAUGCCAUCGCCAUCCUGACCGUCGCCUGGAUCCUGGGCACUUUCUACUACUUAUGGCAGGACAACAAGCCCCGCUCGGCGGCCGCCGGCAGGUCCGCCGGCAGCGGCGGCGGUAGCGGCAGCGCCCGGAGCGGGCAGAGGGCGGCCGGCAGGCUGGAGCUCCGCCGGGAGGAGAGGACCAUCCCCCUCAUCGUGAGAGGAACAAAAGCCAAGGGUUUUGAUGAAAAGGCUUACUUGUCCUCAAAGCUGCUGAAGGCCGGAGAAGAUCCCUACCGCCAGCAUGCUUUUAAUCAGCUAGAGAGCGACAAACUCAGCAGCGAUCGGCCCAUUCGGGACACCAGGCACUACAGGUGCACUUCUGUACGCUAUGACACAGACUUGCCAGCUACCAGCCUCAUCAUCACCUUCCACAAUGAAGCACGCUCUACCUUGCUCCGCACGGUGAAGAGCGUCCUGAACCGCACCCCUCCCAGCCUCAUCCAGGAGAUCAUUUUGGUAGAUGACUUCAGCUCAGAUCCUGAGGACUGCCAGCUCCUUACCAAGAUCCCAAAGGUCAAGUGUCUACGAAACACCCGGCGAGAAGGGCUGAUUCGCUCUCGGGUGCGAGGAGCUGAAGUGGCUGCCGCUGACAUCCUCACCUUCUUGGACAGUCACUGUGAAGUCAACAGUGAGUGGCUGCAGCCAAUGCUUCAGAGGGUAAAAGAGGAUUAUACCCGAGUGGUGAGUCCAAUCAUUGAUGUUAUCAGCCUGGAUAAUUUUGCCUACCUGGCAGCAUCAGCAGAUCUGAGGGGAGGGUUUGACUGGAGCCUUCACUUUAAGUGGGAGCAGAUUCCUAUAGAGCAGAAGAUGUCCAGAACAGACCCAACUCAGUCUAUAAGAACCCCUGUCAUAGCAGGAGGCAUCUUUGUGAUCGACAAGUCCUGGUUUAACCACCUGGGAAAAUACGAUACUCAAAUGGACAUCUGGGGAGGAGAAAAUUUUGAGCUCUCUUUCCGAGUGUGGAUGUGUGGUGGCAGCUUGGAGAUCGUUCCCUGCAGUCGAGUGGGACACGUGUUCAGGAAGCGCCAUCCCUAUGACUUCCCUGAGGGCAAUGCACUGACUUACAUCAAGAACACCAAGCGCACAGCAGAGGUGUGGAUGGAUGAAUACAAGCAGUACUACUAUGAGGCCCGGCCAUCUGCCAUUGGGAAGUCAUUUGGAAGUGUUGCAGACCGAGUGGAGCAGCGACGCAAACUGAACUGUAAAUCCUUCCAGUGGUAUCUGGAGAAUGUCUACCCAGAGCUCAAGAUUCCUGAAAAGGAGUUGAUUCCAGGAAUAAUUAAACAAGGAGGAAACUGCCUGGAGUCUUGGGCACAGGAUACCACAGGGAAUAUGUUGGCUGGCAUGGGAAACUGUAAAGGAACAGUGAACAAUCCACCUGUCACUCAGGAGUGGGUAUUCAGUGACCCUUUAAUUAGACAGCAGGACAAGUGUCUUUCCAUUACCUCCUUCUCUACUGGCUCUCAGAUCACACUGGAAGCCUGCAAUCAAAAAGAUGGCAGACAGAAGUGGAAGAUGAAAGGCAGUUUCAUUCAACACUUUGUCAGCGGUCUCUGCCUGGAACACCAGAGUGGGAGAGUGGUGACCAACCCUUGCCAAGCAGGUGUGCCUGGCCAACAGUGGGAGCUGCUACAAGCAACGUGAUGGUAGCACAGAGAUCUCCUUGUUUCUUUGUGCAUGAGACUUUGGGAACAGAGGGGGAUCGGGAAGGGAGGAAUGGUUUUGUAUGUCUGACCCUAAAUGUUUUCAUUGUGCCCAUCAGCAAGCCACCAUUUCAGCUGAGCACUUGGUGUUUUUGAGCUUUUCAGAGAAGAAGCUGGGGGUGAGAGAGGGAUGCGGAGAGUUGUUGAAAUCUUCCCAUCUGUUGUCUUAAGUCCUCCUUUGUAGCUGAUGUCCGUGCACAGCUGCACCCAGAGAGUGGGGAGGACCCAGCCCAAUACUUGGAGUGACCAGAACUGCCUUGCAGCUCUCCCCAUCCGUUCCUUUCUCUGCAUCCAGAGUCCAUGACCUUCAGUCCAACAGCUUAGACAAUGCCUGUACAAACAUUGGUAGCUCUUUGGCUUCCCUGGCUUUUCACUCUUAACAUCAUGCAUUGUUUAUGCAUGUGUGUCUCUCAGUGAGGACUGGCCAGAAGAGGAGUCAUCGUGAUGAGUGGAGGGGCUGGGAAGGAACUAGCAGACCCUGGGGGCAGGUUUGUAACCUCUUUGUGGUGGGCCCAUUCCUUCCUCUGCCUGCAGUAGCUGCCCUACAGCCAAACGGGCUGAGAUUGGCACAAUGCUGGCAAGAGAGCUGGAAAAGGGACAAUCUGUUUUAGCAGCAGAACCAGGGAUUGUUUGGGGGUCUAUUCCCUGUUGAAUUCUUGCUUCCAGUUUUUUACGGGUGGAAGGCCAGCCCUGCCUCCAUGAAUGAUUCAAGUCUGUAGGCAGCCCAGCUGGACCAGGGUUCAGGGUACCACGCUCCUGCGGAGCUGGUCAGAGAUGGGUGCCGACACUUUGGGAUGCCGGGGAAGCUGGGACCAUUCUCUGGCUGCUCUUCCUGGUGCUACCGGACACUGCCCGCUGCACCCCACACCGAAGGUGAUGCACAAAGCUGUGUGGGCAGCGCACAUGGACAGUGCCGCUGCACUUGGCUCAGGCCUGUGGUGGGAGCCCACCCAGUUCCCCGCUGCGAGAGGCAGAAGGGGACAGCCCCUAGGUCAUCGCAGGCUUCCUGCUGCUGGCUGGGCAGGAGCACAGCUCUCUCACUGGCUCUCCGGCUCUGCAUGGCCCUUGUGAACACAGCCUGGCAUGACAAGCCACCCAAUCCCUCUGUCUAGUUGCUUUCCCCCUCUCUCUCAGAAAGAGGCGGCGAAAAGGCCUGGGGCUGCUCCACUUGUGAGGCCCAGCUCUCCUCCCGGUGGGCACCUUGGAGAGGUUGGUUGGUGAAGCUGAAACUGGCCCCUGCACAAACGGUGCCACAGUACAGGCCUGCCCUGAGAGAUCUCUCCUUUGUGUUCCGGAAACACCAAAGACAACUGGUGUCUCUAGCUAGCAUCCCAGUCCUGCUCCCAGUUACCAGUCAGCUGUAGCUGAGUGUGGGUUUUCAGACCUGCCAGGGGAAGCUUACCUAUUCAAAUAAUAAAAAAAAAAGCCCCACAACCUUACCUUUUCCUACUAGAUCUGUUAAAUUUUCCUCUUGGAGCUAAGUUUUGUAAACCAACCCUCCUCUCCAAGAGCCUGGCAGGGGAACCAGAUGGUGAGGCCACCUUCAGUAGGCAAUUGCUUGUCUGGAUCCUUUCUGAUCUGGUGUAGAAGAAACAGGAUGUUCAUUUGGAUUCUGAACAGCUGGCUGCUUUUGAUCAUGUUUGUAUCCCUUUUUAAUUCUUUCUCCUAGCUUGGUAUUAGCCCAAACAGUUAACAAAAGAACAGAUACUGUUCUUCAUAUGUUGCAUGUGCUCAGAAGUGCUUGUGUGAGAACUGGAUGAUUUGUUUGCUGUUCUCAGUUCUUUUAUUUAAAAAAUUAAAUCAGGCAUGUGGCAGGAGCUCUUUUCCUGUUUCCCCCUUCACUUUGGCAUCAGCUCACCAUCUCGACACUGAUUAACCAGAUGAAUGACCUGCCCGCACUGUGAAAACUCAGGAGGCAGUUCUCUUUGGUCCCAAGCUUACAGCAUGGUGCAGCCACUCUUCUGUGUGGGGAAUGCGGGCACUGACUCUGCAGAGAUUUCUCUUUACCUCUAUAGAGCUUUGGGCCUGAACCACUGAGGCCAGGAAAGAGCAGAGAAGGAAAGAAAAUAGCCUAGGAAUGGAAAGAGAGCAGGGCAGACAGACCCAUCAUGGGGGACAGAUGCCAUCCUACUAGCAAUUGCUUUUUUAAACAAGAAUACGCAGGAGGUGCUACUUCCAGAACAGCAUCAUUAGGCAGUAGGAGACAGGAACAGUCAAGUUCUCACAUACCUGGCUUGAAAAAAGUUGAUGCAAAGACAAACGAAAGGCCAUUGAGCAGGUACUGUACAUAAGCUCUGUAUACAAUGACGUGCUAAAGGAUUAGGUAUUUUCAUCAAAAUGCGUCCUGAGUGGACCAUCUGAGCUUCCCCCAUUACACUCUCCAGAAGCGUAAGGGUUGCAGCUAACAGCAUGUUCACUCCUCCACCAGGUACUGCUUCCUUCCUCCUUGCUCCCACUGUGUGUGUGCAGCUUUCUUGCGGUUCCUUCUUCAUAACCGUACUGGGACUAGGACCCAGCUCCUCUACAAACAAUUCUCCUGACUGCUGCAGACCACAGAAGCUCUGCUUAGAUACAGACUCCAAGCUCUGGGCCAGCCCUGGUUCAAAGGGCUCUUGUCAGCACGCUGGCUACUGCCCUUGGCUUUGUGCUUGGCUCCAAUGUUGGAGGUUACUGACCGCUCCGGGAGCAGAGGUACCGCGACUAGCUGUGUCGAUUUGUGCCUCUCUUCCUACUGCUCGCCACCUGGCAGAGUGUGAACUGGCAUCCAUUUGGGGCUGUGAGCUGGGGCACCUGAAGAUCGGACGCUCUCCUUCUUCACGUGCCCCGGCCUUGGGGAGAAAAGGGAAAGGGUGGGCAUAUGCUAGGUGUCAAUAACUUAAAUUGCCCCUGGAGUUAGAAGUUACCAGAGCCCUAGCUCUAUCUGGUUUUGGACGUGUUCUGCUGAGGUCACUUCCCCACUGCUUACUCUGCUGUCAGCUAAAGCACUGCUCACAGGACCUUCCUGUAGGCCCAAUGCACACCUCCCCGACAUCAUCUUCUGGAAGCCAUUGGUUUCCAAUGGAUUUUAGCAAUUGCUGAAAAGGAGGUGCAUUACAAAAGGCUGCUUUCAAGUGUGGGCAAACUAAACUUCUCCUCAGAAUAAACAAAGUCUUGUCCAAACUCAUUAUUAGCAUACUUUCCAUUUCCCUUGCACUGAAGGAAGGAGGAACGAUUUUAUCUGUGCUUUUUUCCCCAAGGUCCACACAGUGCCAUGUUUUGGAACAAGACUCCAUGGAGGUUUUUGAAAGUAAACUGACUGAGCCCUCAAAUUUGGCCCAGUGAUUUGUUUCUUUAACAGUCAGAACAAGCAGCUGCUUGCCCUUGUUUUCCUGUUUACUUUAAACAGCCCCCUAGACUGUCAAGACAGAGCAUUUGCAUUGGUAAUACCUUUUAAGAAAGCUGUUAUUGUAUCAGAUCAUCGAAUGUAAUUUCAUGUGCUGUGAACCAAUGGGGGUUUAUUUAAGAGGAGCUGAAACUCCUGUUGUACAGAAAUCAAUAUUUCAAAAGGUUUAUUUUCCCCAGUCACUUGUAAGUUGCACCUUGCCAGAUGUAAUUUAUGUGGAGCCCAGAUUUGUUGUCCCUUUUCUUGGAGAAAGCAUGUGCCAGAAUCUGUUUAAUGCCUGGAAUA